CGUUACACGCAAUGGCUACUACCGACCACACUGAUGAGGAUAACAGAAAUUUUUAUACUGGCCUCGGAUUAGCGAUCAGUUCUAGCGUUUUCAUCGGGACCAGUUUUAUCAUCAAGAAGAAAGGCUUGCUUAAAGUGAAAGAUAGCUCAGGGACGAGAGCAGGUCAGGGCGGCUACGCUUAUCUAAAGGAAUGGUUGUGGUGGUCAGGAAUGAUUACAAUGGUUGUUGGUGAAAUUGCCAACUUCACAGCAUAUGCCUUUGCCCCAGCGAUUCUUGUCACUCCAUUGGGAUCUCUUAGUGUGUUGGUGAGUGCAAUGCUAGCUUCUUAUUUUCUGAAGGAGGAACUAAAUAUUCAUGGUAAAAUUGGCUGUAUCCUGUCAAUCAUUGGAUCCACUGUACUAGUCAUUCAUGCACCACAGGAAGAGGAAGUAAAGAGUAUGGAUAAUUUGGAACCAAAACUUACAUCACCAGGAUUUAUCAGUUAUGGAUUCAUAGUUAUUGUCUUUGCACUUGUGCUGAUAUUCUAUUAUGGACCUCGAUAUGGCAAAGCAAAUGUUAUGGUGUAUAUUGCAAUCUGUUCCCUAAUUGGAUCAUUGUCAGUUAUGGGAUGCAAAGGUCUUGGUAUCGUUAUCAAGCAGACAUUACAUGGAGACAGUCAGCUAACAAAUCCAGUCGCGUGGGUAUUGUUAUUUGCUGUGUUAGCCUGUGUCUUGACACAGAUGAACUACUUAAACAAGGCUCUUGACAUAUUCAACACAUCAUUGGUUACACCUAUAUAUUACGUCAUGUUUACAACAUUAACGAUCAUUGCUUCAGCCAUUUUGUUCCGGGAGUGGGAAGUAAUGGGCAUAAAGAACACAAUAGGUGCAAUUUGUGGAUUCGCAACAAUUGUGUCUGGAGUGUUUCUAUUACUUGCAUUCAAGAAUGUCGACUUCACUUUAAAAGACAUUCUGAAGUUAAACUCCCAAGCAAACGGCAUUCCUAAAGUGAAAUAUUCAAGCAAACAACCUAAUGAAGAAUCACAAGCAAUCCUUAUACACAAUGACACCGGUAUCACUGAUGAUGAAGAGGAAACUGUGUUUGCCAAUAGUAUAAAUCAUUUAUGACAUUUUUGAGUCAAUGAUAUUUAAUUUUAUAAUAAUGAUAAUGUAAAAUUGUUAAGGUAGCUAAAAGGGUGAGUGUUUUCUUGAUUAGCAUCACCAAUUUAUAAGUCACAUCUUUUGAAACCCAAGUGGUAAAUGUGAAAAUAGACAGUUACUUGAAUGAGUGUUUUGCACAAAACCACUGUUCAUUUUAUUUAUACAAUAUUUCUACAUUAAGGAUUGUCUUAUACUGACUUACUCAGUUGACCUAAACCAAUAUUCAGAUAGACAAACACUAGCUUAAACUCUUUUGAGUGAAUAACAAAUAACUUCUCCCUUCUCACAUCAUCAUGCAGACAGCUGACAAGGAUACAGAAAAACUUUCAGCCUCAGUUUGUGUUUACAAUAUUGCUCAAAAAUCUCUCGACUGCCAUAACAGGAAAUUCAAAGAGAACUUAUAAUCAGAUAUCAAUUCAAGGCUUUUAAUCUGGCUGCAAUUCUAUUUCAUAACAAUACCAAAUUUAUGUAGCGUCACAGGGUUCUCAAUAAGUCAGGGAGUAGAAGGCUGACUGCUGGGAGUAGAUUGUUGACAAUUUGGGGGCUUCUUCCAGGGGUCCUUGGGUAUGCCACUCAUAAAAUAUAUUUGAAAGGUAGUUGCUCUGGAAUGCCAUUUUGAGCAUUCUUUUGAAGGUAUGUGCAAAGCAAUAUGGUAGUUGGCUGGCUAGGUAAACUUGUGCCAGUUGUAGAUUGCAUAAGUGCUCAACCAGCAGAAUGUGUUUUUGUGGAAUGCCAAAAUGGCUUUUGAGAAAGUUCUCCAUUUUUUUUUUUUUUUUUUGUGAAUACUGCCAUCUUUUAUAUGGUGAAUUUGUACAUUCUCUAGAGAAUCUGAAAAUGUCCUUAAAUUUUAAUGUUUGUCCAAAGGUAUAGCACUGUGACAGAGGUUUUGUACUACUUGUAGUUUUAUAGGAGCAAUGAAACAUGUUUUGUUUAAAUUUCA